AUACUAAAAGUUACCAGCACUGGUGCCGACGAAAAUAUUUAUUUUUCGGUUAAAAAACUAAUAUUUGUAAAACUUAAAUAGGAAUGAGCAACGAAAUAAUUAGAAUCCAUCAUGAAGUGGAGACACAGCGAAAUAUUUAUAAUAUUUAAUGGAUUGAUUGCCAAUGUCCCAAUUUCAAGAAUUGAUUGCUUAAAGAGGGCGCCGUAUAAACGCAAUGAUUGUUUAUUAUCUAAAAUUUUAAAGCUAGUUCUCGCGCCAAUGAACAGCUUAAUAUCCCCAUAGCUGCACUGGAGUCGUUGUUGCUCAGAUUACAAUUUGUUCAGCGGCAGUCGCGAACCCUCAUGCAACAGUCGUGGAUAAACAUUGAUAAACAUAGUCGUGGAUUUGCACACAGAGCCGAGCUUUCAUCUAUGUAUUUGCAAGAUAGUUUAACAACUCGUAAUUGAACCAACAACUUGACUUGUGAUGGAUUGAACAGCUCAUCCCCGGCUUUAAAAAGCGUGAAGACAAGCCGUUUACAAGUGUAAAGUGGAAUGAGAAGCGGGAGCGGUCACAAACUGGAAAACUUUCUCUUCAUCAAAUUGUUUUGUCUGCGCUUCUUUCACUUGUGAAAUCAUAUGUGAGCUCGCUGCGUGGUCUUUCCAGAGACCAGUGGGAAAAUGCAUUCCGCCAAAGAAGGGCAAAAGGCCACCAAGGCCGCCGACGAAGUGGAGGACAGCAGGUUUUCGGAUCCGGAGCAGUACCUGGAGCACCUGCUGAAGGACGGAAGCCAGGAGGGAGAUAGUGGAGCUGCAUUGGAGUUGCCGUCAUGGUACGAUGAGCAGCUGUUCAGGCGGGGUCAGCAGUACUUUCAAUUCUAUCGCUUCGUGAUGAAUGCAGGAAUGCUAGCCGGACUAAUUGGCGUAUUAGCCGUUCCCUCUAUUCUGAAAGUGCUCUCAUGUACGCGGCAAUCCUCGACAGCCUUCACUGCCUACCGGCGAUACGUGCGGACUAUCUUUCACACUCAAACUUGGUACAACAAUAAUAUAUCAGAUCGCAGGAGCAAGUUUUGGACCAGUAUUGCUGCUGUCCGCAAGGCACACUCGAGGGCCAGCAAGGCCUGCGGCCGUCAAGGAGCAGGACAGAUCACCCAAAAGGAUUUGGCGCUGACACAGUUUGGGUUCAUUGGAUUCAUUACCAUGGGUGCCCACCGGAUUCAGCUGUAUGAUAGGGAUUUCCUGGAAGCCACCACGCACAUGUGGAGGGUCCUGGGAUUUUUGCUGGGCAUAAAAAAUGAGUAUAAUAUUUGUGGAAGAAACUGGGAGGAAUCAAAGCUACGACUGGACAUCGUCAUGCGAAAAGUUUAUGAGCCCGCAUUGGAAAAAACUGGGGAGGAUUUCCGCCGCAUGACGGAGGCUCUAAUUCACGGAUUGUGGCAUGUGAAUACCAUGUUGUCGGUGGAUGCGCAGAUAUUCUUCACCAAGCGGCUGGCCUGCGUCAAAGGAUAUGAAUACUACAGCUUUGAUCAUGAAAAUGGAGUGAAGCGGGAUCCCAACCAAAGAAUGUACUACUAUGAUAUGGGCUGGUGGGAUCGGUUUAUUGUGACCUACGGGCUGUUUUUUGUCACUUACUUGCAUAAGUAUGCUAUUGUGCGAUGGUAUCUAAACUUUCGGGUUUGGCUGGUGGAUGUGUUUACUUAUUACUUGCCCUAUAUUGCCAUUUGGAAAUUCGGAAUACAUUCGGCAUACGUGCGGAUUUUUCGAGAGGGGGGCGAAGCCCACGAUUUUGUUAUGGGUCAUAAAGAUGAUUAGAUAUAGUUUGUAGAAGUUAUUUCUUGAAUAAAUAGUUUAAACAUUAAUUGCCACUAA